AUGAAAUCAUUUAAACUACCCAGAAGGCUUUCAUAUAUACUACGAGGUCACUAUUCUACCAGGGUUUCACUUACUCAGCCACCAACUCAAUUUACAACUUCAAUAUUUGACAUUGCUAAUGAUAUACCCAAGACAUUACCUAGAUCAAGUCAUGUUCAACUUACUAAAUUUUAUCAAAGUAUUAAAACACAAGAUCUUGAAUUAGCAUCAGUUUUAUUAUCUGAAAUUUCUAAAAAUGCAUUAAAACUGAUUAUUAAUAAAUCAAGAAAUAUCUCUAUUGAAUUUUAUUUUGAUUGCUUGAAAAUUAUAUUGGAGAAUUAUUUAAAUUCAGGUACUUUUAAACCAAUAAAUCUACUACGACAAAAUGUUGAAGAGUAUCAGAAUAUUUUAAGUAGAUUUGAUGAAGUGUUACCUGAACAAGAAGAUAUUGAAAUGAGUAUAUUGAAAUCGAUCAUACAUACGUAUUCUGUUUCUAAAAAAUCCAAACUGACUUCAAUGUUUACUAUCCCAAUAAUGGAAUAUUUCAUAACUGUAUUAAAUUCAUUCAAGAUAGAUGUUCAAAAGUUAUAUCUAAGUACUGAAGAGGAAGAGUUGAGGAAGUAUUUAGUUGAAAUUUGUCAAAUUAAAAAUAUAAAAUUAGUUUCAGUGACAACGAACAUGGAUAAAGAACUUAAAAAUUUCAAUGUUCCUAUUGAUUCAUAUUUAGAUAAAUAUGGAGGGAUUGAUUAUGAUGGGAUUUGUAAUUAUAUUUCAGAUAAUAAAUUCAAAUGGAAUAAUAAAGAAAUUAAAACGAGAUUAUUUCAAUUUUAUGAAACUUUACCAAAAGAGGAAGCAGAGAAGUUCAUGAAUGAAUAUUUACAAUUUAAUAAAGUGAAAGAAAUAUCAAUUGAAAGUUUUACUAAUAGAAUUGUUCAUGCUUCACUGAAGGCAUCUAAAGAAUUUCAAAGAUCUUUUGGAUUUGUUCAUUCAGAAAGUGAUUUAUUAUCUGAAUGGAUAGCAUUAAUAAGUGAUCAUACCAAUAAAUUAUUAAGUAUUAAAAUACCAGUAUCAGAUGAUGAGAAAACUUUGCAAUAUUUCAAACCUUUUUUGGAAACUGUUAGUGUUGAAUCUAUUGCUAGUUAUGUUGUACAAUCAUUAUUAGGAACAGGUGAUAAUAAUCGACUACAAGUUAUUCUUCAAAAAAUGAGAUAUUCAUAUCCCAGUAUAUUAUCACAACAGGGAGGAUCAUCAAAGAAGAAUUCCACAAUAUUUAAGUAUAUAACAGAUGAUUCAUACAACAAGUUGACAGAAGUUUUCAUUAAUAUUAUUGUUGAAAACUGUAAAAUUUUUAUUUCAGAAGAAGAGCAGGAGAAGUUUCAGAAUACUAUGAAAUUACAGAAUAGAACCAUUCCUCCGGAAUUCAAGAUCAAUGAUGGAAGUAACAAAUAUCCAGCAUUUUUUAUUGCUAAAGAAUAUGACAGUAGAAUAGGUUAUGCUGUAUACACGAUAGAUAUUCACCCCUAUUUAGAAUCAAAAUUAGAGACAUUUACAACGGGGACUUAUUUUCGAUAUUUACCUUUAUUAUGUCCACCAAAACCAUGGACAAAUUCUCAAAAUGGUGGAUAUUUGAAUUACCAAACAAGAUUAAUUGCAACUACAGAUACUGUACAUAAAAAACUUUUAGAAAAAGCUGGAGUUCGUGGACAAUUAGAUAGUGCAUAUAAUUGUCUUGAUCAAAUUGGAAAUACUCCUUGGGCAAUUAAUCCACAAAUGUUGGAUGUAUUUAAUAAGGUUAUAAAUUAUCCAAAUGGGUUUCUUGAAAUACCGGCGAUCAUACCCGAUCUGAACUUACCUUCAAAAGAAAGAAGAGAAUUGAAAAAUUUAAGAACAUCGAUUGAGAUAACCAAUAAAGUUGCUAAUGCAUUUGGUAAGAAUGGAGAUUUAUUAUAUCAUUGUUAUAUGCUUGAUUUUAGAGGAAGAGUGUAUACGUUCUCUCCAUUGACUCAUUAUGGAUCAGAUUUGACAAGAUCUUUGUUCUUGUUCUGGAAAAGUCAACCAUUAGGGGAAAAUGGGUUUUAUUGGGUGAAAUAUCAACUUGCUUCGUUGUUUGGCAUUAAAAAUUGUGAGGAAUUCUAUGAAGAAAACAAGCAAAACAUCAUAGAUUCGGCAAUGAAUCCUUUGGAUGGAUCCAGAUGGUGGAUGAAAGCAGAUAAACCAUUCUGUGCUUUAUCUGUUUGUUUUGAAAUUAAGAAUAUUUUGGAUUUCCAAGAAUCAGGAAAUAAUAUUGAAGAUUAUUUAUCACGACUUCCUAUACAUCAAGAUGGUUCAUGUAAUGGAUUACAACAUUAUGCUGCAUUAGCCGCGGAUGAAAACGGAGGCAGAGCUGUGAAUUUAAUUGGCGUUGGUGAUUCCAAGCAAGAUGUUUAUAUUGAAGUUAUGAAGGUGGUUAGGGGUAAGAUUGAAAAGGAUAUCAAGGAUGCCAAGUUACCUGAGGAAACAAUCGACCUUGCAAAAUUUUAUUUAAAAAUUCUUUGUCGAAAAUUAGUGAAACGACCAGUGAUGACAACGGUAUAUGGUGUGACAUUAGCAGGAGCAAGUGCACAAAUCAAGUCAACCAUUAAGGAGAUACUUGAUGAGCAUCGUACUAAUCCAGAAAUAAACACAUUUGAUCAAGAGACAUUAGCAAGGUUGUCAACUUUUAAACUAAAUCAUACGAUGUAUCUUGCCAGGAAAGUUCUUGAAUCAAUUGAUGAAUUAUUUGGGCAUGCAAAACAGAUAGAAACAUGGCUAUUACAAAACACCAAAAGAAUAUUAACUGCAUAUAAUGUUAAACUUCUUGAUUAUGUACAAGAAAAGGACACUAAAUUAUAUGAAAAUAUUUUUAAAAGGUCAGUGAGUUAUACACCUAUGAGCUGGACUGCACCAAGUGGAUUUCCUGUUAUUCAAAUAUAUCGUCAAAUCAAACAUAAAAUGUCACUGGGGCCGAUGGAAGAACUUACUAUUCGUAAUUGGAACAAACUUUAUCCUAUGGAUAGAUAUAAACAUGAAUUAGCAAUUGCGCCUAAUUUUAUUCAUUCAUUAGACGCAUCUCAUAUGUUUAUGACCUGUGAAGAAGCCAAUAAACAAGGAAUUACAUUUAGUGCAAUUCAUGAUUCUUAUUGGACUCAUCCUGUUCAUGUUGAUCAAUUAUCUAGAAUAUUACGAGAGAAAUUUGUUGAAUUAUAUUCAUUUGAUUAUUUGGAAUAUGUUAAACAAGAAUUUAUUGCACAAGUUAAAGGAUCUUAUCAAUUAGUGGAAUUUGACCCGGAUAGCUAUCCCGAAUUAGCAACAAAAAUAAAAGAAAUACGUAAGAAAUAUCCAGAACGAAUGAAAGUUCAUAAAUUGGCACUUGAAUUAAGAGAAAUGACCGAACAAGGAGAAGAACAUAUAAUGAGGAAAUUAUAUCACGAAUAUAAACCAGAGGUGUAUCAUACAGUUUCAACAAAGACUUAUCAUUAUCUGAACGUAUUAUCACCAGAAGUUCCUAAACUUCGUAGAAAUAGAGUAGCAAUGUUUGUUCCAGUUGUAAUUCUAGAUGUUCCUCCAAAGGGGAAUUUAGAUAUCACAAAUGUAUUAAAUAGUAAAUAUUUCUUUUCAUAG